AUGGAAAAUGAGGCGAGGCCCCGUGAGAAGGUCUUUCCCAAUGGAGAUAUCUACUUUGGCAGCUUCAAGGGAACGAUUCCUCACGGGAAGGGAAAAUACAAAUGGCCAGACGGGACCAUCUACGACGGCGACUGGGAGCUCGGGAAAAUGACGGGAAAUGGUAAAAUCUCAUGGCCCACCUCACAGUCCACUUACGAAGGUGAUUUUUCCGCGGGCUUUCUCCACGGGUUUGGGACCUUCAUUGGGCCCGACGGGUCUGUGUACAGGGGCACCUGGAAGAUGAGCUCCCAGCACGGCAUCGGCCGGAAGCAGUACCCGAAUUCGGACGUUUACGACGGCUGCUGGCGAGAGGGCGCCCGGGAGGGCAGCGGCCGCUAUGGGUGGGGCCCAGGUGGCAUGUACGUAGGGAACUGGAAGAACGGGCGUAUGUCGGGCCGAGGGGUCAUGAAGUGGCCCAACGGGGACCUUUUUGACGGGUUCUGGUCAAAUGGGUCGAGGCAUGGCCCGGGAUUCUACAGGUUCGCGGAUGGGAGCUACUACUUUGGAACGUGGUCCCGUGGGCUGAAGGAUGGUACCGGAACAUUUUACCCGGCCGGGAACAAGCACCUGAGCAAGUUGAGGCCCGAGGAGCUCAUCGAGAGGCGGAGAAAGCAGAUUUCCCAUGUCUCGUCUGCGGAUUUGGAGGUGAAGCGUAGUUUGUCUGAUAAGAUCUCGUCGAGCUUCCGGUGGGGUUCUGGAAGGUUAACCUCGUCUCUGGAAGAUGAUGAUUCGGGCAUGUCGGCCUCGACGAGAGAAAUGUUGUCACGUGAGAGGUCUUGUGUAGUGUUGGGUAGCUCCUGCGAGGGGCAGGGGGAGCUUCUGGAAAGUAGGUCUGUGGCUUACGAGAGAGAGUAUAUGCAAGGAGUGCUUAUUAAGGAGAGGGUCAGAAAUAUAUCCAAGUUGUCUCAUAGAAGCAAGCAACGGUUGAAGUUUGCCAAGGAAGUUAAUAGGAGUUCGUGUGUCGAUAUUUUCAAAGGCCACAAGAGCUAUUAUCUGAUGCUGAGCUUGCAACUUGGUAUCAGGUAUACUGUUGGGAAGAUCACACCGGUUCCUAUGAGGGAAGUCAGAUCAUCUGAUUUUGGUAAACAAGCACGGAUAAAGAUGUACUUCCCUAGAAAGGGUUCUCAGUUGACUCCUCCUCACAAAUCAAUUGACUUUUAUUGGAAGGAUUACUGCCCCAUGGUUUUCAGGAACCUUAGAGAGUUGUUCAGGUUAAACGCUGCAGACUAUAUGAUGUCUAUUUGCGGUGAUGAUGGUCUUAGAGAGCUCUCUUCCCCUGGAAAAAGUGGAAGCCUUUUCUAUCUCUCUCAUGAUGAUAAAUUCGUAAUUAAAACACUGAAAAAACCUGAGCUGAAGGUGUUACUGAAGAUGCUGCCUCACUAUUACGAGCACGUGCAAGCGCAUGAGAAUACCCUCAUAACCAAGUUCUUUGGGGCACACAGGAUUACUCUUAAACAUGGAAAAAAGGGUUGUGAUUGUAUUCAGGUUCGCUUUGUGGUCAUGGGGAAUAUGUUUUGUACUGAAUUACACAUACAUCGCCGUUACGAUUUAAAGGGCUCGUCUCAUGGGAGGUUUACGAAGAAAGAAAAGAUUGAUGAGAGCACUACACUGAAAGAUCUUGAUUUGAAUUAUGAGUUUCAUAUGGACAAACUGUUGCAUGAAUCACUGUUUAGACAAUUAUCCCUGGAUGCAGCAUUCUUGGAAUCUCAACAGAUCAUAGAUUAUAGCCUUCUUUUGGGUUUGCAUUUUAGAGCACCCGAGCAUCUAAGAUUGUUUUCGGAUCCUGAGAAUACUAAUGGCGUUGAUGGUGUUAUAACCCAAGGAGAAGUGUUAAUACCUCCAAAGGGUUUGGUGUUGGUGAGUCACGAGCCGGGUUGUGUGAGCAGCAGUCCGGGCCCACACAUACGAGGAAGCACAUUGAAAGCAUACUCUAUUGGCAAUAAAGAAGCUGACCUCCUCUUGCCCGGCACUGGAAGAUUAAGGGUGCAAUUAGGGGUAAACAUGCCGGCACAGGCAAACCACAAGAUCACUCAAGCCGAGACGGACUCGGUCGAGGUUGAGCUUUUCGAGGUGUAUGAUGUCGUCCUGUACCUGGGCAUAAUCGACAUUUUACAGGAGUACAACAUGAAAAAGAAACUGGAGCACGCCUGUAAAUCCAUCAAGUACGAUCCCCUCUCUAUUUCUGUUGUCGAACCGAGCUUCUAUUCCAAACGCUUUAUUACCUUCUUGGACAAAAUUUUUCCCGCGCAGCCUUAA